AUGCCAUCGAAACUAUUUCUCAAGACAUUCAACAUGGCGGCCCGACAUCGGUUAGAUAAGCGCGAGAUAUGCGGUCUCCAUAGUACCGUCAGAGGAACUUUGUUCUGCAGCCGAGUGAUGGGGCUACUCCCUGUCUCUGGUCUCACUUGUCCCACUAGCCAGAGGUUAAGGUUCACAUUCCGGUCACCAUACACGAUCCUGUACGUGGCGAGUCUUUUCGGUCAGCUGCUUAUGUUUGUCAUGACCCUCUGCUGGCUGAUGAUGAAUGGUAUCUCCUUAGCUAAUAUCACAAACGCAGUAUUCUACACAUCAAGCCUGAUUUCAUCACUAAUACUGCUGCACAUCGGUCGCUGCUGGCCCGCGCUGGUGGGCAGCGUGGAGACGCUGGAGCGCGAGCUGCCUCCCUUCCACAGGAACGUGGCCUCCAUCAGCAACGUCACCACUAUAUUCAUAUUGACUGCUGCUAUUGUGGAACACCUCCUUUCAGUGUUUUAUGGAUUAAAAGUAGCUUGUGCUUGUGAUUCGAACAAUGUGGCUGAAAACUACUUUCGAUUCAAUAUGCCUUGGAUCUUUGAUUAUACGCCUUUUACUAUAUGGAAGGGGGCUCUUAGUGAGUUGUUCAAUAUUCAGUCGACAUUUGUGUGGAGCCUGAACGACCUGCUCAUCAUGGUGAUCAGCAUCUACCUGACGGAGCAUCUGCUCAUACAUAACGAGCUACUCAAGAAAGCUGCAGAACAGGAGCACUUUUCCUGCCUAGAAUUCCGCACGCAAUACUUGAAGAUAGUCCGCUUGGUGAAGCUGAUUAAUGGUCAGUUCGGCAUCUAUAUACUGACUUCGUUUGGCAGCAACCUGUAUUGGAUAUGUACGCAACUUUUUUAUAGCUUGAGUCGGACGCAAACGGGACAUUUUAUUACCUGUACGUUCAAGGAUUCUCCGACUAAAGUGCCUCCUGCCAAUGAAUACGAGAACCCCCUUUGUCCGUGGAUGUUAGGGGAAAAAGGAGCUCUGAAUGGCGUAGAACACUCGAUAUAUUUCACAUAUUCGUUCUCGUUUCUGUUGCUGAGAACUCUGCUCGUAUUGUUGCUGGCUGCCAGGAUACAUUCCAAUUCUGUUGCCCCCCUUUAUGUGCUGUACGGAAUUCCCAGUUCCCGGUUUCAUAUUGAGGUGGAGCGAUUUAUUGCACAAAUAAACAACUUGAAAGUCGCCAUGAGUGGGUUGGACUUCUUUUAUGUGACAAGGACUAUGAUUUUAACUCUCCUGGGAACUAUCGUGACAUAUGAACUGGUGUUGCUACAGUUCAACAGAUAA